AUGCCCCAUAACACCCGCUACGAAUGUCCCCGCGCCGGUAACAUGCACCAAGUGGGUGGCGAAGUCUACUACUGUUCCUUUCACGACAAAUUUGCCCAAGAUCGGUGCCAGGCUUUCUUUGACUUUCGGGGCAGCGGCAUGCAGUGCCCAAAGUUGCACACUAUGAUCGACGACGACACCGGAAGGAAAUUUUGUGAGAAGCACGAGCCUGCGAGUGAGAUAUCUGAAGUACUUGACUGGAAAGCCAGGAUGGCCGAGUGGCUGACCAGUGUUGCAUUGGCAGAGCUUCCACGCGAGCAUGACAGCAAUUUGCCCGAAGAUGUUAGGAACGAGGGGUAUUCAGCAAUUUCGAAGCCGGAGGGGAAUCGAGAUUCAGAACCAGAGCACCACGUAGAGAUAGACGCAGGACCAGAGGGGAAGCCAGACACCGAGUCAGAUACCGAGCCAAAGACAUACCCAAUGCCAACCACGCAGGAUGCCGAACCUACACCGAAACAUUCGUAUACUGCUAGCAAAUUCAACACCGAGCAGGAACAAGACCAAGAGCCUAGAUAUGAGUCAGGCCCGACACCGGAGCAGAAGUCCGACCAGGAGUUCGGCCAGGAGUUCGACAAGGACUUCGGCUCAGAGUCCACCCGAGAAUUUGCGUUUGAGUCUGAUCAAAACCCAGAGCAGAAGCCAGAGUAUGAGCUGGUGCUACUAUUUCAAAAUGAACACAUUGCUGCGCUAUAUAAGCAGUGUAACAUCUGCCUCGAAAGUCACGACGCGGCCGACAUGAAGAAGAUCGCGAGCUGCGGCCAUCAAUACAGAGAGUCAUGCCUGCAAGACUUUCCACGACGCAAAGGCGUGCGCAGGUACAAUUGUGCAGGAUGUCGAACUUGGCUUCAAUCUCAUCAGGAGCCAUAG